AUGGCACCAUCAAAAGAUUCAUCUGUCAAACGAAGUUAUUCUCUUCGCAAAGCCUUCUCUCUGCGGAGAACCUCUGCCACACAGAAAACCCCAAUUUGUAAAUCCAAAGAGAAGAAAAUACAAGCAGUAGUAAACCGCUCUUCCCCAAGAGAUCGUCAACGUAUUCGUCAAUGGAAAAGCUUCAGUUGCACUUCUCAAGCUACAGUAUCCCCACAGAAAAUAUUUUCCUGCUAUUCAGCAAGAAACAGCAGUUACUUUCCUCAGUCACCUUUAAAGUCUUGUGAAAACAAUGCUAUACAUGAACAGGAUCCAAGUAUCACAGUGUUCACAGAAUCUGGAGGACGUCAGCUAAAUUUAUCCUUUAGAUCCAGCACAAAAUCCGUGGAUAUUUGCAAUGACGUAGCUGUUGAAUACAAUUGCAACACUGAAGAUGUAAUGGACUGGUGUUUAUUUGAGUGCCUCUUUAAUGGCAAACUUGAGCGUUUAGUUGAAGACCAUGAGACAAUUACCAGCAUUUGUCACAAGUGGGACCCUGUCCACAAUGGUUAUUUUGUCUUCCGUACAAAUCCUUGUAAACACGGCCCUGUACUCUAUCCAGAGUUGGCUUAUUCAUCAAGUGUUAUGGGAGAUGAAGACGAUGUGGCAAACAUUUCUGAAGAAGCUCAAAAGGCAAAAGUUCUUCUUCUUCGAGAGUAUUUGCAAUCAACACAGAGGUUUCCUGAUUUGCAAGGAUCAGCUUUGAUUCAUGAAGGAAUCAAAUCCGGCUGGAAGAAAUAUAUCUGUAGCAUCCGUGGAUCAGGGGUUUAUUUUUGUCCUAGAAGGCAAAUAAAGGAUCCUAAAAACCUGAAACCAUUAUGCAAAUAUGAUAACAUUGAAGUCUACACAGUAAAGCAUCAUUUCCAACUUGUAAAAUGUCCAACCAACUUUUGUAUUGCAAUUAAGAUGCAUAGCCAAAGAGGCUGCCAAUUUCAAGAUUUGAAAUUCAUAGCUUUCGAUUCUAAGCAGGAUUUAGAUAAAUGGAUUUUGGCUUUGAGACUUGCAAAACAUGGUGAACAGCUACGGGAAAACUACAGGAAAGCCUUACGUCUAAAAGCUCAAUUACAAAAACUCCAAGCAGUUAUAAACGCCAUGCAGUCUGUGAGUCCCAGUGCCAAAUUGUCAAAAGGGGAGGCUCAAAUCUAUUCCAGUUGUCCCCUGUAUUCUGUGGACCAAGUCAAGACCAAAUUGUUUGGACUUCAGCUUGCAGCUUGUGACCCCUCAGUCAGUCAAACUUCGGGUAUGGGAGCAGCCACUGGACAUAAUCCUGCUCGAUCUGAUUCUGAAUCUGAUGUUGGCUCAUCUCACAAACCUGGUGUGAUGACUGUGGCAGGUGGUAAAACAAGCUGUAGCCUGUGUUCUAUGGAAUUUGAAAAUCGUCAAGAACAGAGUCAACACUUUCGUUCUGAUUGGCAUUUAUAUAAUCUCAAGCUGAAACUUCGUGGUAUACCGCCAAUCAGUGAGAAUGAAUUUUAUGAAAUUGUAGAUAACUUGUCGAGCAGCAUUUCUGGUAGCGAUUCUGAUUCUGAUGACGAAGACACAGACAGCAGCAAUCAGGACUUCAGCCGUUUCGAUAUUGGGCCUCAUGGUGUCCCUUUUGUGCCUUUUACACAACAAGAGGGAGCAGUAGAUUCAUGCCUUGUCAGUGAUGACCUUCCUUUUGGUAGCAAUGGCAGAAAGUACCCAAAACUCUUCUUGAAAAACUCUAAUGGGGAACUGAUCUCAGUUUAUCGUUGUAUUUUAUAUCAUAAAAAGAACCCUCCUGUAUCUCUGAAGCCUGUCUUGACCACAUUGAAUGACCUACCUGGUUCUAUGUAUUGGGCAGUCCUUUUGGCUGGAGGUGGUCAUUUUGCAGCUACAAUCUUUGAAAACGGUAACAUUGUGGCCCACAAAACCUUUCACCGUUACACUGUUCGUGCUAAGCAAGGUAAAUCCCAAGGGUCAAGGGAUAGCAGGGGCAAUGCUCCUCGUUCGGCUGGGUCCAGUCUUCGUCGAUACAACGAGUCAGCUCUUGUUCAGGAUGUUCAAGAGUUGCUGACCAGUUGGACUGAUAAUCUGAAGCGUUGUGAUUUGAUCUUUCUCAGAGCUCCCAGCUAUAACCAACAAAUGCUAUUCAAUGGUAAAUCAAGCCCUCUCAGUCGGAAUGACCAACGUAUUCGUAUUGUGCCUUUCCACACACGACGACCAACGCACAACGAGACAAGGCGUGUUCAUGAAAUGCUAGCAUCAGUCGAAUGUUAUGGUAAUGAGUGUGACAUACGUGACUUUGUUCCACGGUCUCCACCUCGACAUUUUAGCGCUGACACAGGUCAGUUAGAAAUUGUCACCGACAUAUCCCAAUUAAAGAAAAAUAUUGGAAAAGUUUUGAUAUUUGAUAAGAAGAAGAAGAAAAACCUCCGAGGGAAAUGUCCAAGUGGUUCUGAAGAUGUUGGAAUGCUGCAGGAGAUGCACAAGAGUAACAAAAAUUCAGAUGAAAAGACAGACUCAAUCCCAAAAGGAUCAGACUCUUCUUCCUCUGGUUCAGAUGAUGAGGUUGAUACUGAAUUAUGCUUUGUUGAUAUGGAAAUAAGCAUGCGUCACCUUCAGGAAGAUGAAAUUGAUUUUGGGUGCCAGGCAAACAAUAAUAGUAGUAGUAAUAAUUGCAGUCAUGAUAAACCAAAUAAAAAUAACAACAAAUUCAACUAUAAACCGGUUAAGAAAGGAUCAAAGGAAAAAGAUCGUCUGAAAAAUUUGAUUUAUCAUGCCUGCAAGUCUGGUAAUGUGUCACAGAUGAAAAAACUCCUCUCCUGGCUUGUUGAAAAUGCUACGGAGUCAGAACCACCAAAAAAACAGGAUUCUUCUGACACAAACUCCCCUUCUGUGGCAUCUUUGGUCAAGACGGCUUCAGACCAAGAAAACAAAGGUCUGUUGCCUUCAGAAAAAGCUGCAGACUUUGAUAAAGACCUUGAUUCCAAGCCAUAUACUGAAUCGUCUGUUGAUGCAACCCAACUUGACAGUGCUUCUGUGAGUUGCGAAGCGAUUAAAGACACCAAAGAUGAAUGUCUCGAUUUUGAUCCCAAUGCUGAGGAUUUCACUUCUAAUCUGGAAAUGGCAGCAGAUAUCAAAUUUCCAGAAAUCUUAAACGAGCGUUGGGGUGGUGAUAAACGGACUCUGUUACAUAUCGUAGCACAAGCUGGACAGCUGGAAAUUCUCUAUUUAUUAUUAGAGGCAGGUGCCGAUCCAGCUUUGUGCAACAACAAAGGCAUUCCACCUUACAUCAUUGCAACCAAAGAAACAAGAAACGAAUUUCGUAGAUUUAUGGGGAAAUAUCCGGAUAAAUACGGAUAUCGGAAAGCCCAGAUUCCAGGACCUUUGACCCCAGAAAUGGAGGCAGAAAAAAAACAGAAGGAAUCACUUCGCAAAAAGGCCAAACAGCAGCGUUUGAGGGUGAAAAAACAGGUUGAACAAGAGGCAAAGAUCAUAUCAGAGUUUAAAGCCAAACAGGUUGAAGAGGAACGUCGUUACAAGAACCUUUCGGAAAGAGAAAAGAGAGCCCUAGCAGCAGAACGUAGAAUCUUGAAUCAAAAAUCCAGUGCUGGAGAAGCAAAGCCAGUUCUCAGUCGCUGUUCCCAGUGCUUCUGUGAUAUUAGUGGACUCAUUCCAUAUGAAUAUUACCACUUUCGAUUUUGCACACCAAAAUGUCUGAAAGAUCAUCGUUUUAAGUCCAGGGACAGUUGA